AUGCUUGUUUUAUUCGAAACAUCAGCUGGUUAUGCUGUGUUUAAAUUACUCGAUGAAAAAAAAUUGCAAGAAACAAGCAAUUUAUAUGCUGAUUUUGAAUCACCAGAAAAAGCUGCUAAAGUUUUGAAAUUAGUUAGUUUUGAAAAAUUUGAUGAUACAACACAAGCACUUGCAGCUGUAACCGCAACAGUUGAAGGGAAAAUCUCUAAACCAUUAAAAAAAUUACUUAAACGUCUUGUGAACUCUGAUAUUCAGGAAAAAUUACUUGUUGCUGAUUCCGCACUUGGCAAAGCUAUUAAAGAAAAAUUUAGUUUUGAAUGUACUGCUAACAGCUCAGUUCAAGAUCUUAUGCGUGUUAUUCGUUCACAAGCGGACAGUCUUUUACAAAUUGAUGAAAAGGAAUUGGCUGCUAUGCGUAUUGGUUUAGCACAUAGCUUAUCACGUUACAAAUUAAAAUUUUCACCUGAUAAAGUCGAUACAAUGAUUGUUCAAGCUAUUGCUUUAUUGGAUGAUCUCGACAAGGAAAUAAAUAAUUACAUCAUGAGAUGUAAAGAAUGGUAUGGUUGGCAUUUUCCCGAAUUAGCUAAAAUUGUUCAAGAUAAUGUUGCUUUUUGUAAAAUCGUAUUAAGAAUUGGUUACCGAACAGCUGCAGCUGAACUUGAUUUAAGCGAUAUCUUACCAACUGAUGUUGAAACACAGGUCAAAGAAGCAGCCGAAAUAUCAAUGGGAACAGAAAUAUCUGAAGAAGAUAUUACAAAUAUUCGUCAUCUUUGUACACAAGUUAUUGAAAUAUCGGAUUAUCGUGCACAAUUAUUUGAAUAUCUUAAAAAUCGUAUGAUGGCCGUUGCACCUAAUUUAACUGUUCUUGUUGGUGAACUUGUUGGUGCUCGACUUAUUGCACAUGCUGGAUCAUUAGUUAAUCUUGCUAAACAUCCAUCAUCAACCAUACAAAUUUUAGGUGCUGAAAAAGCUUUAUUUCGUGCUAUGAAAACAAAACAUGAUACACCGAAAUAUGGUUUAAUCUAUCAUGCAUCAUUAGUUGGUCAAACAUCGGCUAAACUUAAAGGUAAAGUUAGUCGAAUGUUAGCAGCAAAAUCAUCAUUAGCAGUACGAGUUGAUGCACUUGGCGAAGAUACCGAUGCAACAAUGGGCAUAGAACAACGUGCUGAUUUAGAAAAGAAAUUCUCAUUACUUGAACAGAAUGCGACAAAACGUAUAUCUGGUACAGGUAAAAUGCAAGCAAAAUUUGAUAAAUACCAGAAAAAUUCUGAAAGAGGACAAUUCAAUCAAGAUCAAUCUUCAACAUUACCUCAUAAACGCCAAUCCGAUUUUGGUGGCCGAGGUGGUGCUAACAAACGAUUUAGAAGUGACAACAUGAAUAAAUCAUUCGUAGUCUAA